GGAGGCUGAGAAGAAAAAAGGAAGAACUAAUGCCAACUUCAAUGGAGGCUGAGAAGAACCCGCAGCAGGAGCCUAAAAACUUGUACGAAUGGGCCAAGCAAGGCAAGUGGAACGAGGUUGUGGAGAGUUACAAAAUCAACCCAAACACUCACAAGGUCAAGAUAACGAGAUCAGGGGACACAGCAUUGCAUAUAGCCGUUUUGAAUGGGGAAGAAAAUAUAGUUGAAGAACUAGUUAGAUUGAUUGAUGAGGCUGCUGCUAAAAAACCUGAGGAAGGGAAUGACUCAGCAGCAAAGGAGCAAGAGUCUACCUCAGAACUGAAGGACCAAGGGUCUGCCUUGGAAUCAAAGGAGCAAGCGAAAGGGAAUGAUUCUGCAGAAACACCUGAAGGCCACCCUCUAAAGAUAGCAAACGAGAGAGGGGAUACCCCUCUCCAUUUAGCAGCAUCAAUUGGAAAUUUUCGCAUGUGCCAUUGUAUUGCUCAAAAGCAUAAAGACCUGGUGGGUGCUCGCAACAAAUUAGCUGAAACACCCCUCUUCUUGGCCGCUCUCCAUGGUAAGAAAGAUGCUUUCCUUUGCCUCCAUAAAAUAUGUGGCCCUGAUGAAGGCUCUAAGUAUUGCCGAAAGAACGAUGGUGAAACUAUUCUUCAUUGUGCCAUUGCUGGAGAAUACUUCGAUUUGGCAUAUCAAAUAAUUGAUAAAUAUGGUACACUUGUCGAUUCUGUCAACGAGGAAGGACUCACUCCCCUCCAUCUCCUCGCCAGUAAGCCUGCUGUAUUCAGAAGUGGUUCUCACCUUGGUUUCUUCCACAAUAUUAUUUAUCAUUGUAUCCAUGUCAAAAAGCUAGGGAAAGAGGAAUUGCCCCCUCUGGGCAAUGCGACUUCUAAUGACAAAAGGGUGGAUGGGAAGUGUCCGAUGAAUUACCAGCCAUGUAUGAACUUCCGUAAUGUGCUGAUUGGAACAUGGAACGUGCUUACACAAUCAGGCAAGAAAGUGAAUUCAGAAGGAGGACAAACAACUUCCCAAAAUCAAGAUAUAUCUGAUGAGAAUCUCAAGGAGCAAACGAGUAACUGCCUCAAGGGUCUUUGGAGCAUAAUCAGUAAAAUUGCAGCAACUUGUACAAAAAAUUCACGAAAAUCAGACCUGGAGGACCCUGCGGAAGGACAUGCCAGUGGUUGCCGAAGUCAAGCAACUUGUAGAAAAAAUUCACAAAACUCUGACAAUCAAGUGAAGCCUAAUAAGCAUGCCCUGGAGAACCCUGAGGAGGGAAAUGCUAGUGCUUCCCCAAAUCAAGGUAACGAAGCUGCUGAAGAAGACCAACUGUGUCCACCAAAUUAUUAUACUUGUUUCAAGUUUGUCAAAUUUAUAUACAGGGCAAUGAUGGUGGUCCUUGGAAUAGGGGCAAGAGAUGUACAGAAGAUACGAGUAAUGAAAGAGAAGCACACAUGGUCUGCUCAGAUCAUGAAGGAGCUACUUCACUGUGCUUCCCCUUAUGAGUAUGAUUACUCAGCAGGAAGUCAGCCUGAGCUCCAAAACAAGACAAACAAGGAAGAUCUAACCGCAGCACUAAUUGAAGAAAAUGAACAAAAGGGCCAAAAGGAUCAGAAGAUAGAUGGGAAGAGACUUACUUUCAAUAUGAAGGACAAAGGGUAUGUUUUUGAUGUGGACUUCAGCAAGGGAGAGGUAACUCUAGGACCAGUUGAAGGAAAUAAACAGAAGGACAAAAAGGAGACACCAAUAUUAAUUGCAGCAAAGAACGGUAUCACGGAAAUGGUGAUGGAAAUCCUUGACUGUUCUCCAGUGGCCAUCCAUGACAAGACUUCUGCGAACAAGAAUAUAGUGAUGGUGGCAGUGGAGAAUAGACAACCAAACGUGUAUGAACUCUUACUGGAGAAGAGAAUUCUGAUAGAGACUUUGUUCAAUGCAGUUGAUGAUGAAGGGAAUAGCGCAUUGCAUCUGGUUGCAAUGGCCACUCAUCAUCAACCUUGGCUUAUUCCUGGUGCGGCCUUACAAAUGCAAUGGGAAAUCAAGUGGUACAAGUAUGUGGAAGAUUCCAUGCCAAUGCAUUUCUCUAUGCGCUACAACAAGGCUAAUAAGACAGCAAGGCAGAUCUUCACAGAGAAGCACGAAGAGCUAGUAAAAAAUGGUAGUGCAUGGCUCAACACUACCUCCAACUCAUGCUCCGUUGUGGCAGCACUCAUAGCCACAGUUGCCUUCGCCACAUCAGCCACUGUUCCAGGAGGCAUCAACGAAGGAAAUGGCACACCCACUCUGGAACGCAAGCCGGCGUUUAAUGUAUUUUCCAUUUCAUCACUCAUUGCUCUAUGCUUCUCAGUAAAUUCCCUGGUCAUGUUUCUGGCCGUUCUCACCUCAAGGCACCAAGAAAGGGACUUCGGCCGUAAUUUGCCUAACAAGAUGUUGUUUGGUUUGUCGUCUCUCUUUAUAUCUAUUGGAGCAAUGCUUGUCUCCUUCUGUGCAGGGCAUUUCUUUCUCCUCAAAGACGAACUGAAAUAUGCUGCAUUCCCAAUAUAUGCUGUGACAUGCCUGCCAGUGGCUUUUUUCGCUGUGAUGCAAUUCCCGUUGUACCUUGAUCUCACGUGGGCUACUUUUAGGAAGGUGCCAAAACGUAGCAGCACUGCAGUUUCAUAGGGUUUCAUGUGUUCAAUAGAUCCUUCUUUGUGUUCAACUGUAAUGGUAGUGAAGUAAGUUUGAAAUGAUCCUUUUUUUUCAGACUUCUGUUGGCCGGGUUUGGUUGCUUCUUUGUGUUUUCAUUUGGUUGUGCUUUUGUGUGGCUUUAAUUAAACUGUUCAAACAUGCAAUAUUCUUCUGAUUUUAUUUUCAACACUCUA